AUGUCAAGACAUUACCCUGACAGCUGUUCUGUAUGUGACGGUUAUUGUUUGUACACAAGAUUUGCAAGAAGGGAUAUAGUACUAACCUCAGUUCACAAUGAAUCAAACUCUCAAAUAAAUGAAUUUGAUGGCCCUAACCAAUUUAGUCAACAACCUCCUUUCGUUAGUCCCAACCAUUAUAUUCCUCAAAUUUUAAAUGGACCUCGGCACCCUCAUGCUAACAGACCUGAUCAAUACCCUUAUAUUAACGGACCUGAUCAACCUCCUCAAAUUACUGAGAUCAACAAUAUUAAUAAUGAUUUUAGACCUGUUCAACAUUCUCAAAUUAUAAAUGGAUAUGUUCAGCAACAAGUUAUUAACUCAAGGAAGCUACUGUUUCCUUUUCCCUUUUCGAUUUUUAAUUGCUCGGAAGAGUUUCUUUCUAUAAUCAUGGAAAAUAUUUAUGAAUUUGAUAAAGAAGUAGAACGCCUUAGGAGCAAAAUGAGUUCAGUAGCGAUUUUGAAAUUUGGAAAAAAUAUUACAAAAGUUAGAAAUAACCAAUUUGAAUUUGAAUUCAAUAAAACAAUACAAACUUGA